AUGAGGUUGUUUUCGUUGGCUGUCGCGUUUGCACCGUUGCUAUGCGUAGCUUUGGCAGCUGUAGCGCACGUCCACGAGCAGGCUAAACCUGGCCAACGUGAACGAACUGACGACGGCGCAUUUAGCCCGAAAGAUUCGUCUCAUUACGGUCCUGGCGGGGAACACAAGGCCGAUUUUGAUCACGAAGCUAUCUUAGGCAGUGCCAAGGCUGCAAAAGAGUUCGACGAUCUUCCCCCAGAUGAAGCUAAAGCACGAUUGGCUGAACUUGCCAAGACGAUGGAUGUGGAUAAGGACGGAGGCAUUAACCGAAAAGAGCUAAAUCAAUGGAUAUUGCGAUCUCUGUCGUUGCUUUCCAAAGAAGACGCUGAAGAUCAAUUCGCGGAUCUGGAUGUUGAUGCAAAUGGGAAAAUUACGUGGAGAGAAGUUUUGGAAGACUUUGCUGAAGAAGACAGCGAUGAAGUUCUAGACGAUAAAGAGAUAUUUGAAAACGCAGAUGUCAAUAAAGACGGUGCGCUUGAUAAACAUGAGUUCAAGCAUUACACGCACCCUGAAGAAAGUGAUGUGAUGCGACCAUUGCUAGUCAAACAGUCUCUCAGGGAAAAGGACAGAGACGGAGAUGGGGCUUUAAAUUUCCAGGAGUUUUUGGGCGAAGAUGCAAAAGACAAGGAUAAGGCCUGGCUUCUUUCCGAAAAAGCAAAGUUCGACGCCCAGCACGACAGGGACCGGGACGGUGUGUUAAAAGAAGCUGAGAUAGCGGAUUGGUUGCUGCCCGACAACGAAGAUAUAGCCAAAGAAGAAACUUCGCACUUGUUUGCUUAUGCGGAUGAGAACCACGACGACAUUUUGUCGUUGGAUGAAAUUGUGAAGCAUCAUGAGGUGUUCGUGGGAAGCGAGGCGACGGACUUCGGAGAGCACCUCAGUGAAGAUCGGUUGGAAAGCCUGCCGGGAGAUUCCGUGCGUUCUGAAACGAAACUGCCAGCAUCAGGCGAAAAUGUCGCCAAAUUUUUGGAGAAAAAUUGUGCGUUGGUGCUCGAUUUCCGGAUCGAAGCUUUUUUGUGUCGGAGUUGCCUGGAACUUGUGACGAAGUGUGACAAUCUUCAGCAAGAAUGCGACGCACUGUUGGAAUCUCUGCGUUUUUUGAUCUGGCAAAAAGAUGCCCCUUCGAACUCUAAUCCUCACAAGGAAGAAACUGUCAGUCUCGAUGAACGAGUUACGGUUGACUCAGGACAUCUAUCUUAUGGUCCAAAAAAUACUCCUCCGCCUGAAGUUGAGGAACAAGAGGCGUUUAUGCCAGAAAUUUUCACGGAAUCCAGUGAUGUCGGUGAUACGGACGACAUUCAUCGAUCGCCGAAGGAUCACAAACCUCCGGAAGUCAAAUUCAAGCGUCGGAAGUCGAACGGGACGACUGCGAAUUGUCAAGUCGAAAAGCAGUGUCCCGUGUGUGGCAUUCCGGCAGUUCCCGGCCUUUUUACGCAACACAUGCGCGAAGCCCAUCCCGAAUCCAAAUACAGACGACCUGUCCUAUCGAAGCGACUGGAGUGUGCCUUGUGUUCAUUCACUGCUAAAACAAAAUCCAGAAUGACCCAGCACCGGAAUUGCACGCACGGGCUUGGACCCAAGUACCCGUGUCCUCACUGUGGUCUCCUGUUCAAACGAAAAUUCGCACUGACUGUUCACGAGCAUAAGGAGCAUCUGAAGACACCCCUGCGGAAGUGUGGAGAAUGCGGGAAAGAGUUCUUCUCGAUUCCUGGUCUGUUGCAACACGUAUCUCGUCAUCAUCCAAAGAAGCCUGUUCAGACUCGAGUAUGCGACGAAUGUGGUCUUCAAGUGGACGCCGUGGCGUUUUAUUCGCACUCUGCCAAGCACAGGAAGGACAAGAUGACUUACCCGUGUUCACACUGUGACCGAGUCUUCACUUGCAAAACGUAUCGGCGCCGGCAUACGGCCAAGUAUCACGGCGUGGGUGAGCUCAAAAUGAAAUCCUGUGAUCGGCUGAAGCAGUGCAGCGAGUGUGGGAAGCAGAUGAAGAACGACGAAGCAUUCCGAGCCCACAUGUUCAUGAAGCACAAUAUCAAGCUUCCUGGGCUCAGACAGUUGGAUUGUCGCUACUGUGAUCGUGUGUUCUACGUGAAAGCAUUAUUCAGGUCACAUGUCAUGGUGCAUACGGGAGAAAAGCAUUUUAAAUGCAACAUCUGCGGCUAUGGGACGCGAUUUUCCGGAAAUCUCACUAAGCACAAGAAAUUCGUCCAUAAAAUCACACCAACUCUGCGGAUAACUCCUGAGGUGCCAACUAAGCAGUCGAGCGAAAAUGGCGUCAAUGAUCAAGAGGAAAUGCGGAGCGAAAAUUCUCUGAAAUCGAAUAGAAUGCCUGAAGGCAAGGUUUUGCGACUUCCUGAUGUCGCGCUUCGGAAGACAUUGAGUGGAAGAAUUCGGAAAAGUGCUGUUGACCCCAGAAAGAAGGUAGUUCGAACCGCCUUGAAGAAUCCACACGAAUUCCGACCGGUGGACAAGUUGCCUUGUGACAAUGAAGAACUUCUGAAACGGUUAGAAAGAAUCGCCGACUCCGUAAAGCCCGAGGACAACACGGAAUACCGCCAAAAGUCACACGAUUUGAGAUCCUUGUUCCUGAAGAAAAUCCGCGAGAUCACCUCGAAGAAAUCCCAGUUCCGGCGCAGCAAACAGAAACAGCUCAUAGCGGAAGAAAAAGCCCGCUUAAAAGCCGAUCUUCUUCAAUUGCCGACGCACCCGCAGCGAGUGAAACAAACAAAAAAUCCUGCCUUAAUAUAUGGCAUAAACAAAGUGAUGCGGGCUGUGGAACGUGGCAACGUUUCUCUUGUUUUCGUCGAUGCUCAAGACCGUGUAUGUCUCGUUGCCAAUGCAUUGUACGCUGCUUGUCGGGCGAAGGGAAUCCCAGCGAUGGCUGUUGAGAAUCUGGGCCAGCGACUGGGGACAGUGUUGAGUUUGAAGAGUAUGAUUUGUGCUGCGAUUGACCGCAAUGCUGAUCAGGGUCAGGUUUUUCACGAUUUUGCGUUGACUGGAAAUUGGACUGAUUCGCUGUGAGCUCUAUAACAAGUGUACAUGCUUCUCUUCUCUGUGGUAUAUACGGUGUCCAAAAAGUUUCUGCUUGGUGAGGUAUUCAGAGAAUUCGAUUUUUAUGAAUUUGCAUGCAAUAGUUAUCCGGGCUAGCAAUAUUGGGUUUUGAUAAUCAUAUACUGCAUAUCAGCUGAUAAAAGCGUGUCCUGUAUUUUGAAAAAUUCCUUAUUGCAAAUUAUUUUCAUUAAUUUCCUUGCAUUAUAAGACUCACAUUCCAGUAAGUGUCGAAGGGUAUUUUACCAGAUACACUGAUAGAGUAUCGUCAAGCCGAGAGACUAAGUGGGUUAAGUAAAGUAAGACUGGUAUAAAUGCGACUUAUUCUUUUCAACUUCUAAAAAUGUGACAAGAUUAAUUUAAUUCACGCCCGAUGGAAUACAAAUGCGCUGAUCUGAAGAUUCUGAACUGCUGAGUUUUUUUUUGUCCCAUUGAGAAGGGAUUUUUCAAAGUACCUUGGGCGAAAUUAUGGAUUUCAGUGAUAAAUUACGCUGAAUCAGCACAGGAUCCCUGUGCAUCACGGUACCUCCUGUGUGCUCGUGAGCAUGGCUUCAAUAGCCUUCGGGUUAAUUGGGAUCCGAACGGAACGAUAAAAAACAUAUUCGACACUUUUUUCGUUUUUCAAAAUUUAUUUUCCUUUAAUUUGCUGUUUGUAUUGUCUUUUAACGGAUGCGCAGAAUAUGCCUUUUUUUCAGUGCAUACGAUCUUUUUGGACACCCUAUGUGUAUGAAACCCUAUCCGAAGUGAUGAUUUGUUGCUGGAAUACAGUUGGUCACAAACUGAUCAAAAUGUCCGAGGAAUACAUUUUAUCGAUUUGGAAA